AAAUAAAAGUCCCCCCCUCUCUCGCAGGGUAAUCUCGGCGGUCUGUGCAUGCUGUAUGGCACGGUGGAUUUCAACAACCUGACCCAAACCAUCACAGCCACUGUGUCCAGCCCAGCGUCCCUGUGCUACUUUGUGUCGGCCAUUUCUGUGAUUGUCGCGGUCACCUGCUUCACCCUGUCACUGUACUGGCUCUACUCCUGCUGUAUCGAUGGAAGCAUGCAAAGGACGCGUGUGUGGACGACCCUCACCCUGGGUGUGUGUGGGGUCUUCCUCUUCUUCCUCCUCAUCUCCGGCUGCAUUCUGAAGAUCGGCCGCGACUCGCUCUGCAGCUCCAUCGUGAAGGCUGUGGACAAGAUCACCAGCUGUGAGCAGGCCCAGGGGGCAAAAUGGGCCACUCCGUUUGACGGACACCAGUUCUACACCAGACUACACAAUGCUGAGACGGCGGUGUGGGUGAACUUCUUCCUUUGGAUCAUUGCCGGCGGCCUGCUGGUCUUCCAGAUUUGCCUGGACCGUAGCUCCACGACGGUGGCAGGGUUUGGGGGCGGGUUUGGGGGCGGGGCCGGAGAGGUGUCAGCCGGGGAAAACAAACCGCUGUUCGAACCCUCCCAGAAUAACCAUCACACACCCACAGGAGACUUUUAUGACUGAAGAAGUCUUACCAAAGUCUGGACGCAUGGUGACUUCUUUAUUGUUUGCCUAAGUGUAUUUCUGCCUGACUCCUAGGACGGUUCACCCAUAUUCAGUUACCUUUUUUUUGUAACUGAAAAUGGAUGUGUGUUUCUGGUGAUCUUUUUGAAACUGGUUAUUUUCUAGGUGUUCCCAAAAAAUAGCUUCUCUUCUAUUGGGGUAUUCUAGAACAGAAGACAUUUCGUGUAUCUCUUUAAUUUCAAAUAAGAUAAAAAAAAGUACUGCUAGCCACUCCUACCAGCACAGGCAAAGUUCUGACCAAUUGUAUUUAAAAUGUAUUUUGUGUUCUAUUCUAUUCUAUAUUAAGAGUUGUUAACUGUGAAAUUGUAAUAAAAUAUGAUGCUAAAAUAAUCGAGAAGGACCUUUAUUUAUUGAUAAUAUUAAGUGUACAGCAUGGAAAAUAAGUAAGUAGAAAGUUCCAAAACGUGUUUGCGCUUUAUAAUUGAAGCGUUGUCGCCCUCUAGUGGUUUACAAAGCAUACUGCACAUGAAAAGGCACGCUAUCAUCCAAAUACAAAUUUUCUGGGGAAAAGCGAUGUGUUAGGCCGUGGAAUAUAGCCUACCCCUGUCGUUAUAUAUAAUUUAUGUGACAUGUUCUUUGAUGUUUUAAAAUAAAGGAACACAGUCAGUAAAGUGACUUCUAUGACGGAAGAAAAAGUCUGGCCGACAAUAUUUGUGAAAAGUGGACCUGUCGCUAAAGUCAAGCAGUUUGUUUCCAUGAGCCUUGAUCUUCACCUUGGUCUGU